CUUUUCUGUAGAAUACUGGUAAGCAGAAGCAGGUCUUCUGAGCAGGACUGGAAAGCCACAUCCCACAGAUAGGGGGUGCUGCGCUAUUGCAAACUAGAGCUGUCUUCCCUACAUCGCAGCCUUGGGUAUGUUUGGGGAGGGCGAACAGGAACAAAAAGAAAAGAAGAGAAAGAGAAAGCAAGAGAAGAAGAGGGAGAAGAAAACCAGGCACAACCCAGGAGAGAAGGCUGGGGUAUUAAGAUCUUUGACUUGCAUAUGAAGCACGGAGGAGCACUGACAACAUUAACCAAUCACGCUGUGUUUGCCUCAGGCUUCAGCUCCAAAGUCCAGUUCCUGACAGUUUUCAGCAAGGAUCAUCAGCUUUUUCCAGAUGUGGUGUAUCCCAAUGAUGUGCAGGAGUCCUGGGAAAUCCAGGUCCCUCCAGGAUAUGGCAUUCACCUUUAUUUCACACACCUGGAUCUUGAACCGUCGCAGAACUGUGAAUACGACUCUGUGAAGAUCCUGUCUGGUGUCCAUGUUGAAGGCGUCCUAUGUGGGCGAAAGAAACCUCGUGCACCUGGUUCACCAAUUGUGGAGGAAUUUCGUGUCCCUUAUAAUGUCCUGACCAUGACCUUCCAAUCUGAUUUUUCCAAUGAGGAACAUUUCACUGGUUUUGCAGCCUACUAUGUUGCAGUGGACUUGGAUGAGUGCACGGAUUUUGUGGAGGAACCUUGCAGUCAUCACUGCAAUAACUAUAUUGGUGGUUACUUCUGCACCUGUCCACCAGAUUAUUUCCUUUAUGAGGAUAAGAAAACAUGUGGAGUGAACUGCAGUGGGAAUGUCUUUACUGAGCCAUCAGGCGAGAUCACCAGCCCCAACUAUCCCAAUCAGUAUCCAGAAAACUCAAAGUGUGACUACCGAGUGAUUCUGAGGCCAGGCUACUUUGUGACAUUGACCAUACACAGUGGGGACUUCGACGUGGAACCAGCUGACUCGAAAGGGCACUGCCAUGACAGUUUAACACUUGUCUCUGGAGAACAGCAUUUUGGUCCUUAUUGUGGCAGCAAAUUCCCAGGUCCUCCAGAAAUCAAAACUAGGAACAACAUUCUUAACAUCAUCUUCCAAACAGACCACAGAGUACAACACAAAGGCUGGAAAAUACGCUACCGUGGGGAUCCCAUAACCUGCCGCCAGAGUGUCAUCUCCAACUCUGUUCUUGAACCGAAGAAGGAAAAGUAUGUCCUCAGGGACAAUGUCAAAGUGACCUGUGUGGAAGGCUAUGAAAUUGUGAGGGAACGAGAUACCAUAAGGUUUUUUUACUCCAGCUGUCAAGAAAAUGGUGAAUGGACCAACUCCCACCUAAGCUGUGUUCCUGUGAAUUGUGGUGAACCUGUCCCUAUUGACAAUGGCCAAGCCAUAUACAUCUCCGAGCUUCAUGAGCCUCUGUAUAAAGCCGUAUUCCGCUAUGUCUGUGAUGCACCUUAUUACACUUUGAAAAACGAAAGUGAAGUUGUGUAUCAGUGCUCAGCCAGUGGACAAUGGGUCAAUGAAAAGAUGGGAACAAAGCUACCAAAAUGUGUCCCAGUUUGUGGCGUGCCUAGUAAACGUAUCCAGGAGACAGCGAAGAUUUUCGGGGGAACACCUGCAGCAAAGGGCAACUUUCCCUGGCAGGUCUAUUUUGCAAACCCACGAGGAGGUGGGGUGCUCAUCUCUGAAAGAUGGGUAAUGACUGCAGCUCAUGUGGUGGAGGAAUUUGACAGGCCCAAUAUGUAUGCUGGUGUAAUCAAUGUCGCUGGAGAAUCUUUUCUCCGUGAGGGCACACAACUGAUUCCAGAGGCUUCAUUCAUCCAUCCUGGUUGGAAGAAUCAGCCUCCAGAAACCAGGACUGAUUUUGACAAUGACAUUGCGCUACUGAAGCUGAGAGAACCUGUGAAGAUGGGCCCUAACAUCUCACCCCUCUGUCUUCCUGGUAAAUCACCUGAAUAUGAGCUGCAGGAAGGGACUCUAGGUUAUAUCGCUGGCUGGGGCCAGAGAGAGAAAGGAAGACUUCCUAUUUGGCUUUGGAAAGCCCAGAUUCCUGUGGUGAACAUGGAUCAAUGCCGUUCUGUUAAGCCAGAGGGCUCUGCUGACUCCAGCGCUUACCUAUUCACCGACAAUAUGAUCUGUGCUGGUGGUGGCAAGGACAGCUGUAGGGGAGAUAGUGGUGGAGCUUAUGCCAUCCCAGAUCCCCUUUAUGACAACCGAUACUAUGUCGCUGGACUCAUCUCCUGGGGACCAAGAUGUGGCACCUUUGGUCUUUACACAAAAGUAGUGCGUUAUUUGGACUGGAUUACAGAGACAAUGAGCAAGCAUGAGGACCCAGAAACAUGGCAGGAUUAGCUCUUUCUCCCUUAAGCACUGUCAGUUUUCCUAGAUGUGAGUGCCACAUGUUGAGGUAGGAAGGUGCCCUGUGGUCCUAACAAGCCAACAAGGUCAUUAUCUCUGUGCUGAAUGGAGAGUCAGGAAUAUAUAUCUGUCUCUCCUACUGUCAUUAUGUCUAGGAAUGGAAUUUCUUUCUCUACUCAUAGCAGCUGAAGAGGACCAUAUUAUUCUAAAUAAAGAAGCCCUUGUGUGUCCUCUCACUUUUUUUCUAUCCCAUCUUUUUCUACUUAGAGAAAAUGUAGUCACGCUCAAAGUAAUAGAGACAUCAAUGAAGACAGGAGAGAAUACUUGUUGAUUCCCA